UUGUCAUUCUUCACGUAAGCCCAUUUAGAGCGUUUUUCCCAAUUACGUCAACUGAGUACUGGAGACGGUGUUUUCUCCUGCAAUACACAUCACAGCGCAGAGAUAGACCACUUUUUUGAAAUCUAAACCAAUUUAACUGAAAGUAAACACAAGAGACAGCGAGGGGGUGCAGAUGGCCAGGUAUCUGAACUCAUUUCAAGUUUUACACUAAGCAAACACCCCCUUGGAUCUUUUAAGCUGGCGUUGACAAGCAGAGUGUGUAGGUUCUGUGCAUGAAGUAUUCGGACUGAUGGGUUGUGGGGGAUCCAAGUCGAUGGACACUGUCAGUAACGGGAAAUCCAAAGAAAAAGAAGAGGACUACUUACAGGAGCCUGAGAAUGACCCGGUUGAUUUGGAGGACAUAGUUGUAGGAUAUCCUCCCCCUAAACCCAACUCUAGCAGGAAGGAGCACAUAUUCACAGAAAAAGACAAAGAGGCCGGGGACUCCAGGGCUAAACAGAUUAAGGUGGAGGACUACCCGUCUCUUGAUGACCUAGCACAUGCACUGACAGAGGGAUUAAAAAAUGACGUGCAGAAGGUGCGCGCGAUAUUUACCUGGAUUGGUUUGCAGGGAUCAAAUGGAAGCGGAUCAAAAGACAAAAACAACAACAACCAAGACUCAAUGUCACCCCAAGCCGUUGUACAAAAAGUCAUCCAAAGAAAACUCUCCUAUAAUUUCCUCUUUACAAGUUUAUGCAGGGCCGCCAAAAUACCAUGUGUCCUGAUCCGUGGACUGGGGAAGAGUGUGUCGUAUGAAGUGGGGGAUCAAGAUGUCGACCGCUUGAACAACUCCUGGACGGCAGUGUACGUGUCCGGGGGGUGGCGCUUCGUGUUUCCGCUGUGGGCGUUCUCUGCAGUGGUUGGUCACUCUAAAGGCACGUGGACCUUAGUGGAAACCCAAGGCAAGGGUACAAGAGAAAAGGAAGAAGCAUCCUCCGGCAGAACCAUCAGUCAUAUAAACGAGUACUACUUCCUCACAGAACCAGAUGAAUUCAUCUAUUGUUGUUAUCCCAAUGACUCAAAAUGGCAACUUUUGGCCAAACCGUUUACUAAGCAAGAUUUUACAGAAAUCGCCUAUUGUAGACAACGUUAUUUCCAGAACCACCACCGAAUUACGACACCUGCUAAAUGUUUCUAUCAAUCUGCUAAUGGUGUAUGCGACGUGGGGAUAAAGAAGUUGGGCAAAGAAGACUGUGUUUACACUUAUGAGUUGUACUUUAACCACGAGCAAUCUAAAGCAACCCUUCCUGCAGAAAUACAGCUUGAAAAAUAUGUGGCGAUUUUAAAUGAAGGUAAAUCUGUCAGAUUUAGGGUACGGUUCCCAAGCGAAGGUAUCUACAAGCUGUUGAUUUAUGGUGAUCAUUCGCUUCUGUGUGAAUUCAAAAUCCAGUGUGACGAGGAUGUCGACAACGUUAAACCUUUCCCGUGUAACCCAGAGUCUGGCUUUGGUCCCAGUACAACGACAGAGGAGGCGGGGCUUAAGGCCAAAUCUCACCAGAGCGGGGUAAUCAGCAUCAAGAAAACACGGAACGUCAACAUCAGAUUCAACGUCACCAAGAAUGUGCUGGUCCAGACAGUGUUACUGCAAAACAAUGUCGCCCAGGAGACGCUCAGUCAAUACGUGAACCACAAAGUCAAAAACCAGGAACUGGACAUCAAUGUUGAUUUGCCACAGCAAGGAGAGUAUGCGCUGCAGAUUAAUACGAAGGACAAAGAAUCGGGUGGUUCCUUCACGAACGCCUGUAACUACCUCUUGACAGCAGAAAACAUGAACAGGAAACAGAGAAACUAUGAGAACGCACUAGAGAAGAAAAUCAGGAAGAAUUUGCAAGAGUGUACCAACUCUGGUAAACUGGAAGAGCUGCAGAAGGCGCUGGAUGACUUUGACAAGGUCGAUUUGGAGGACAAAGGUGACCGACAGAGGGCGGUAGAAAGAAUCACUUUCCUAAGACUGCGUAAAGAAUUAAAAGACGCAAUAGCCAGGAGACAUGGGGAGAAAUUGGAGGAGGCGAUAGAGAAUGCCAAGCAGUCGAAGUAUGAAGAAAAUCUACAAAACAAGAUCAGAGAGGCAGAGGAGUUGCUCGCACAGCUCAGGAGGCUCAACCGGUUUGCCCACGAGGUUCUGAAGAUGCAGCAGCCGACAAUAUCAGAGAUCCAUAACUACAGACACCCCAAACCGCUGGCCUACGAAAUCAUGAAGGCCACUUAUAUCCUUCUUGGGGAGGAGGAAGGACGAGUCGAGGAAUGGGAACAAAUACAAGCUUUGAUGCGAAAGCAAGGGAAAGAAGGGUUGCUGCGGCGCGUGCGCUUGUUUGACACUGUUGACGUCACCGAGAAUAUGGUGAACUCUGCCGCUCAGCUUCUGAGGGAUUACGACGAGGAGCGGGUGAGAGCCUCCAGUGCAGGCCUUGCCACAUUUUAUAAAUGGGCGACAAAUGUGAUUGAUGAAGUGAUGAACGCCUCUGAUGAAUCGCCAACUGAAAGCAAGACCUCGGAGCCCGCACCAAAAAAAAAGAAGUAGUUCACAGUUCUGAUUAUUCCACAUGACUUAUGUUAAUUUAUUUAUUUAUUAGAACCUAUUUAUUAAUCUUAAUGUAUUACCAGGAACCGCCUCAACUCACUAGAUUAAAGCUGGCUUUACACGUACAUGGAUGUCUGUUUAGAUUGGAUGAUAAAAAAAAAAACUUGAUAUUGCUUCGGUUUUAAGUUUGUAGCAAGAAAAUUAAUAAAUUUCUGCUUCAAGUAGGGAAAACGAAGGAGAAAAAUAUGUGACAAAUUAAUGUGUCUUUCAGAUUUUAAAACAAUGCUUGUAAGCGCACUUUGCGGAAUUAAAUCCACAAAAUACGUCGUUGUUAUUUUGAUCCACUUGUUCGCCCAUCUUUUAUACAAUUUCUUUCCUCUGAAAUUCUCUUGCAGAUUAAGCAGGCAAAUUUGCUGGAUACUAGUAUUUAAUUGGUUGUCUCUUUUAGACAUCAUAUUGGACUGUUUUAUGUAUUUUUUUCAUGCAAUUUUAGCAAUGAGUUCAUCGGUAUCAAUUUAUCAAGAAAUUAUAUCUUCGUUUUAUUGGUGCUCUGAAGAUCGAUAAAUAGCAAUUUCUCAAAUCAUUUGGCCCGUGGGUCAAGCGUCGGACCAUUGCACCAUGCAGGUGUCGCUCGAAGGGUCAUCGACUAAAUUGAUUGAUUUGUACAGGAUUAAUAUGUGUCAAUAUUUAAAUUAUUCAACUUCCAGUUUGAAAAUAAUGGAAAACAAAAAUCCAUUAGAAUUUAAUUGCCACUAUUUCCUGGCGGUUUUAAUUAACGUUUGUGUCUCCAUCAUAAAACAUUGCAGACAAAGAACUGUGAAUAAUAACCAAUAAAUCUGUAGUCAUUU